AUGUUGGACAAGCUCCUCCCCCCGAAACUCAAGAAGAAGCCCAAACUAAAAAGACAAGGUACCUUCCUCGACAAGCCCAAGGAAGCGCUCAAAAAACGAAAGUACGGCAGGGACUUCUGGGAGCUCGCCACGUUCUUGCUCUUCGUAAUUAUCUACGGCAUCUACCUGGGCCAGACCUUCGAGAACAAGUCCAAAUAUUAUAUAUCGUUGUACCUCGAAAACCAACUGACGGGCGGCGAAUGGCAUCCGAAAAAGUACUACGGCAACACGGUGACCUCCGAAGACUGGCUGUCGUGGGCUUCGUUGCUCUUAGUGCCGGCUACCUUUCCGUCAGAAAAUUAUUUAGGAAAGAACUUUACCCAGAUUAAGCAGCAGUGCGGUUCCAAAUACAGCCCGGACUGCGCGCACGCCGCUCCCGGCUUCAUGGCCGACUGGGGUCCGAUCCGCGUCGGCAAGGUCCGGGUGAGACAGCUGCGGAUGAAGAUGAACGCGAAAUGUGCGAUUCCUUUAGAGUUUUGUCCGGCCGGCAAAGUCGACGACUUGUGCGCGGACCAGGGCAAGGGCUGCGUCGGUCCCUACGUCUACGGCGACGAGACGCCGACGGCGCGGUGGAGUCAUUCUAAGAACAAAAACGAGCGGAAGCGAACGCUCGUGCAGACGACGCCGCACGGCGAGAUUCCUCGGACCGGCGAACCGAUCAAGUAUGAACAAGCUGAUGAUUCGCUGAAGGACCUGUUCUCGGCGUACUGGUCCAUAGGCACGCAGGAGAACUAUGCGUAUGGCGGCCACACGAUUUAUCUCGACUCGUACAAUCCAGCAGAGGAGUUCCAGUCGCUCAUCGACCAGUCGUGGUUCGAUAGACAAACUCGCGGUGUCUGGGUCGAAUACGCGUUAUAUAGUCCUGAUGCGGAUAUUGUGUCGAUAGUACAGCUAGGUACUAUAUUCACCCCAACUGGUGAUCUCGUGCCUGAGGCCCGGUUCACGCAUGCGGCGAUGAGGGACCUCGAGUUUCCCAUGGACACGCCGGCCAAUCAACUCUACACGCUGAACCAGGUCAUCUUGUACGUCUAUAUCUUAUUCAAGCUCAUUUAUGAAAUAUACUGCUGCUACGAGUUCCCGCACGGGUGGCACCACUAUUUUACGACCGAUGUCUACAAUUGCAUCGAGCUGGCCAAUUUGUUGUGCUUCGUGCUUACGUUCGCAUUACGAUUGGCCAUGCAAAGUGAGUUCGAUCGCACGCUGCGGAAGACCAUGGAGUCUGGUAAUGUUGAGGGGAGGUUCGACGAGCCGAUCCGGCUGAGGGACUUGAUCCUACACUACGACCGGACCUCGGCGAUCAAUGCUAUACUGUCUAUUAUGAAGGCCUUCAAGUAUGUUAGAUUUUCAGCUACUUUGACACUACCAGUAGAUACACUCAUGGCCUCGAUGAUGAGGAUGAACGUCCUAUCCGUGUGUAUCGGCAUCUUGUUGAUCGGGUGGGGCGUGACCAUGAACAUGAUCGUCGGGUAUGAGCUGAACAAUUAUAGAUCAUUCAUGGAGUCCGUAUUAACCUUAGUGAAGGUUAUAUUCGGCGAGGCCGACUUCGGGGAACUCAUGGAGGUCGACAACCGCAUGUUCGCGCUCAUCGCCUUCGGCAUCUACUGCGUCGUGGUCUUCUUCAUUAUUUUGUCCAUGUUCUUCGCCAUGGUGUCGGCGGCGCAGGAAGCGAUCGAAGAAGCCAACGCUAGUACCGAGGACGAGAAGACGCCUCGAGUCUUGAAGGAUCUAGCUCAUUUUUUUAGACCUACUUGCAAGGUGCUCGGUUAUGUUCCUAUCGUCGGGGCGCUCGUGCCGGAUCAACGCAGUCUCUUGAAAUUAGCGAAUGAGGACACCGAUGACGAGGAGGACGAGGAAGAGAGUAAGGAGGAGGAGGCCGAGGAGGAGGAGGAGGAAAUACCGGAGGACCCCUUCGAGGACCGGAAGACGGAUAGCGAAGACUUUAAGCGGAGCGUGAGCGAUCCGUCGGUGGUGGUCCUGGAGGCGCUGCAAGACAUCGGGGCCGCGCAGAAGGAACUAGCUGAUCUGCUGCGCGUGGCGACGGCUCGCAAGCGGGCCUCCAUGGAGGUGGAUCGCGUGCGGACGGCGUCGCGUGGAAGUCGCGGUUCCAUGUCGCAGCCUCCCUCUAGAGCGGUUAGUCGAGGGUCGCUGAACCUCGGCGGCAUCGACAUCCCGAAGCGCGAGUCGCUCGAUAGCCCUCCCAAGUCGCCGGCGCCGCGGACGCCGGGGUAA